AUGGGCCCCGAUUAUCUCGGCGAGUUUGACAAGCCGAAGAAAAAUGCUUGGGUGGAGGAGGGGAUCGAGGACGGCAAGUUCGGCGAGGAAGGCGCUGGCAUCGAGAGCGUCGCAUCUGGUGGCCUCCACAGCGUGUUCGUAGAUGAACGUGGCACGGUGUGGACGUGUGGUGUAAACGAUGAUGCUGCCCUAGGCCGUGUCACGCAGAACGUCCCUAACCCGGAGAAACCCAACGAAUUCCUCGAUGUCGACGAACUCACGUCCUACCCCCACCCUAUCCAAAGCCUCGUUGACGAGGGCUUCCGCGCAGUCAAGGUUGUCGCCGGCGAUAGUAUCAAUGCCGCUCUCAGUGACGCUGGUGAACUUCGCCUCUGGGGUUCCUUCCGGGCCAAUGAAGGCUCCCUGGGUUUCUCGAAAGCCCUCAAGCAUCAGUUCAACCCCGUUCCCGUCACGAUGGACCUCAUCAACAAGCCUGGCGACUACGAAAAGAUAGCGUCUGUCGCCUGUGGCGGCAACCACAUCCUCGCUCUCACCACCUACGGCAACAUCUUCACCUGGGGCGCCGGCGAGCAAUGUCAGCUUGGCCGCAAAGUCCUCGAGGGGCGGAAGAUUGACGGUACUACGCCACGGAAAAUCAAGGUCGGCAAGCGCAAUAACGCACCGGUCCUGAUCGGCGCGGGCAUGUACCAUUCCUUCGCUGUCACCGAGAAGGGCGACGUCUACGGCUGGGGCCUGAACACCAUGGGUCAAACCGGCACCGGCUACUACCGCCCCUCCGACAGCGAGGUCGUCCUCCCCAAGCCCGUCAUUGGGCUGCACCCCGACGACCUCGACGGCGCGCGCGUCAUCAAGAUCGUCGGCGGCGAGCACCACACGCUCUUCCUCAUCUCCGAUGGGCGCGUCUUCGCCUGCGGGCGGUCCAACGUCGGCCAGCUCGGGCUCCCCGACGACCACGAGGCGUUCCAGGACCGGGAGGACAGCGACUUCGUGGACGUGCCCGUGCAGGUGCCGAUGCCCGACGAGCACGACGACGACCCGGUGGUCGACAUCUCGUGCGGGCCGCACAGCAACAUGGCGGUCACGCGCGACGGCGCGCUCUACUCGUGGGGGCAGGGCACGCAGGGCGAGCUGGGCGUGCCGGAUGUGGAGGUGCGCACGCCGCGGCAGAUCGUGCGGCGUGAGGGCGGGUCGUGGGCGGCGGUCACCGUUGCGUGCGGCGGGCAGCAUACCAUCGGGCUGUUUAGGAAGAAGCAGAAGUAG